CAAAAAUCAUCCCCAAAAAUCCAUUCUCUUUUUCUCCUCAAAACACACACACGCAUUUUAUUUUCUGCCAAUGCCUAUUCUGAUAAUCACCAAAAACAGUCUAAUCAAUACAAAAAUAUAGAACUAUAUAUAUAUGACUGAUGGAGGCCUUUAAUUUUGACGGUGAUUCCGGCAAAUCCAACAGUUUUCCGGCGAUAUUUUGCGGCGUCGGUCAAAUAAAAAAGCUGUUCCGCAUUGCCGAGAUCUUAACCGUACUGAUCCUGCUGACGUGGACCUCAUCUCGCCUUCCGUUCGCCGUCAGGAUCUCCGGCGAGUAUCUCCGGUGGCUCGUGAACAUCGUCGUCAGCCAUCUCUUCAUCUUCUUCCUCAGCAAUGCCAUCGUCCUGAUCCUCUUUUACAAAUCGCGCAGCCUCUUCCUGCACCACGGAUUUCACGAUCAUCGCGAAAUCGAAGUCGAUUUCUGCCAGGAUUUCAUCACCAGCGGCGCCUAUUUCGCCGGAUCGGAGGAGAUCGCGUACGAGGACAAGCAGACGAUUUUGGAGGUCACUAGAGUUAGGGCUCACCGGAGGAGCCGAUCGGCGAAUUUCAGGAGAGAGAAAAGCGGUGGUAAUUGCGAGAGGCAGCUGCGGCGGUCGGAAACGGAAUUGCGAAGGAGAGUGGAGGAGAAGAAGAAGGCGGCGGCCGCGGCGGAGGUGGUGGAUGAAUUGAGUAAUGAGGAUUUUCAGAGAGCGAUUGAAGAAUUUAUAGCUAAGCAGAUUAAGUUUCAUCAAGAGGAGAAACUCACUAUCGUGCUUCAUGAAUGCAACUGAUCUAAGUAGUAAUUUACAAGUUAAUUAUCUUAUUUUCCCCUUAA